CUUUCACAGCUGCAGCCGACGUCGCCUCACUUUGUGUGAAUGUGGGCGAAUGCAAGAGAGUGGACUGGUCUGAAUGUGUGCGUGUGUGUAUUUAAGUUUAAACGUUCAUUAAACUUUAUUUAUUUUAGGCCACACGCAGUUUUUUUUAAGUAAGGAACGGCAUCAAUCUAACUGAAAUUUGCACAAUGGUUGCAACAAGCACACUGAAAAACAAAAACACGGAAUGCUUCUCGGAACUGAUUGACCGUCGACAUGACCAGGCUUGCAUCGAAGACGAGUUGGACUACUGGGACCACAGCCUGGUGGAGCCCGCUCUCAACCCGGAGACGGUGUUCGAGGACCGGACCUGCCAGCAGCUGGUCAAGAUGCUGGAGAGCUGCCUGUCCCGGGCCAAGAAGACCACGCUCAACUGCUCGGAGGUGCUGGUCCCGGAGAAGCUGACGCGGCGGAUAGCCCGGGACGUGCUGCGCCUGGCCUCGGGCGAGCCCUGCGGCCUGCGCGGCUGCCUCCUGCACGUGCUCCUGGAGGCGGACGGCGGCUGCAAGCGGCUGGAGCGCGUGACCUACGACCCCAGCGUGGUGCCCACCUUCGAGCUGACGCUGGUGUUCAAGCAGGACGGCAGCGCCUGGCCCAGCCUGAGGGACUUCUUCCUCAUCGGAACCUGCUUCGCCCCGGGCUACAGGCACGCCCUGAAGCUUAGCCCGGGCUUCCGCCUCAUCAAGAGGAAACUGUACUCCUCCUCGGCCGGUACCGUUGUAGAGGAGUACUGAGGGAGGGAGGCG